GCUCGACUAUUGAAAUUCGAAAGGGCUAUCCAACCCACGUGGACGCCAGGACCAAUUGGACAAGUCUUCUUGACAGCCAUAUUCAGCUUCAAUUUUAUUGGAAAUCUGACUCAGUGUUACGCAAACACAAACUGUGAGCUCUAACGUGUUCUGAUUUGUUAAUAUUUUGCACACUAUAAGGUAAGAUUUUACCGAUUUGGCGUUUAUAUUUAUUCAUUCAUUAGCACCAAUAGAUAACACUAACCACCAUAACAAAUCAAAUAACAAAUGUGUCUGUGAUUUAUCAAAAUGGCUACUUCUGCCUCCUCUGGCGAGGAGGCGUAUGAAGAUUAUGCUAGCGCGAUUUAUUAUCAAUCGCAAGAGAGAAUCAGCCCACCAUCGCCUAUGGUGGCUGACCGUGAGGUAUUUAGUGAUCAAACUAUUACCGAAGCUCGAGAAAAUACAACAGAAGAAGAAGGAGAAUGGUAUACUAUACCAAAGAAGGUUAGAAGUAGUCAAAGAAAGCCUAAAAGAGCAAGAAUCAGCACCAUUAAUGACUCGCCUGUAAAACAACAAGGGUUGACCAUUAUCAUAGAAGGUAUAGAAUCAAACGUAGUUAAAAUUAACCCGAUCAAAAGGGCAAAAUUUCUAAAUGAAAAUGUAGGGCAAGUGCAAAAGAUUGAAAGAGGAAGAAAUGAUUUAAAGAUUAUGUGCAAAAACCAACAACAAGCAGAAAAAUUGAGGUCAAUGACAGAAUUUGCAGGAAUAGCAAUCAAGGCAGAUUGGUACGACCCAGAUAAGAAGAAAAGAAAAGGAGUUAUAAAGGUAAGUACUGAUAUUGAAGACGAAGAAUUAUUAGAAGUAUUGAAGAAGGACAAGGUCAUUGGAGUCAAAAGGUUCAAGAAAAGAAUCGACGGGGAGUUGCAAAACACCCCAUCGGUUCUUUUGACCUUUGAGAGAAGAGAGGUGCCCAAAGAACUUUAUUUUGCAUAUGAACGUUAUGAAGUGUUUGACUAUGUUCCUCCGCCACCUAGAUGUUUCAAAUGCCAAAUGUUUGGACACGUGGCAGAUAGUUGCAAAAACAAAGUACGUUGUGUGCGCUGUGGAGAGGGUCAUAGUUACGAUGAUUGUCCAAAUAAAGAGACUCGUAAAUGUUGUAGGUGUAAACAAAACCACUCGGCAGCAUAUCUAGGAUGUACCUCAUACAAAGAGGCUGUUAAAAUAAACUCAAUCAAGCAGAACGAAAAAAUUUCCUACGCUGAAGCUACCAAAAAAUUCCACACUGUAAAAGCAGAACCCAUUUCUGCGCAAGCGCAAGCGACAGUUCAAGCACCCUCGCAAAAAGAGGAACGAAAUACUCCCUCUCAACGUAGAACAGGCAAACCAAAACCCCAAAGGAUAAGCCAUAAGUCAAAAAAUGGAAAUGCUUCUCCUUUUAUUUUUGGCAAAGACCAAACUAGUACUCCAAUGGCAUUUAGAGAUUAGAUACAUUCCACGGUUUCGCCAGUACAGUCCGGAGAGGAAUCUAGUAAUAGCCAAGUCAAGAAUAAUAGUCUGAAAACAACCUUUGCCAUGAAAAGUUUAGACUUUCUAGCUUUUAUUGUUUUUAUAAUCAAUAAUUUGGAGCACGAACACACCCAUUCUAACAGAAUACGCCUUGUUGUAGAAGCUGCCAAAUCUUGCCUGGGAAUUACAAAUAUCCUUCCCCAAAUGAUCCACGAAAGACUAGCAACUUCCAAUGAAUGAUGGAUAUGACAGAUGGAAUUCCUUCAUUCCCUCAUUUCUCUCUCUCUCUGAGCUCUCCACUCUUUUUCUCCUAUUACUUUUCCCCAUUCUUCAGCUAUCUCAUUCUUCUUUCCAAAUCCUUUUCCCCAUUUCUUCGAACUUUUUCAUCCACAGCAGUGAUCGUCAUUUUAUUAUUUAUGGUUAAUAUAUUCCAAUGGAACGCCCAAUCCAUGAAUGCUCAUGGCUUUAAUUUUUAUGAAAGUAUAAUACAGAAUGUAUCUAUCCAUGAGAAACCUGGGAUAGUAUGUGUUCAGGAAACAUGGUACGAUGAAUAUAAUAUGUUACAUUUUCCUCAUUAUCAUUUAGUAAAGAAGAAUAGAUACGACAAACGUGGAGGUCUUGCUAUAUAUCUGCACGAAUCUAUAGCAUUCCGGGUUAUAAAUACCCCAGAGAUAAGUGAAUAUAUUAUUGUGGAUAUCUAUUUAAAAAACAAUACUUUUUCUCUCGUAAAUUUUUACAACCCUUGUAAAAAAAUCAGUCACACUCUGCUUGAUGAAAUAAUGAAAAAAUGUAAAGAACAGGUUAUAGUGUGUGGUGAUUUUAACUCCCAUAAUCCUCUGUGGGGGAGCACCACUUUGGACGUUAAUGGUAAGACGGUCGAAGAUUUCAUGAAUAAAUAUGAUCUUGUUCUUCUUAAUGAUGGUUCUCCAACGAGGUUGGACCCAAGAAGUGGGGGAAAAUCCUCUUUGGAUCUUACUUUUAUAUCCAAGGAAAAGAGUGGUUAUACUCACUGGACGGUCUCUGAACACAACUUUGGAAGUGACCAUUUUGUCAUCAAUUUUAGUAUUGAUAAGGGUAUUAAGGACAUGUUUGAAAUAAAGUAUACAUACAGUGUUUCUCAGAGUAGUAAACAGGCAAAAAUAAAUUGGAAGUGGUAUAAGAUGGAAAUGGAAUCCAGAUUUGAGGAUAUAAAAGACAAAUACCCAGAGUUGGAUAUACAAGGUAAAUACGAUUUACUUGUACACUUAAUGCUUGCCUCUUUUGAUAAACAAAGAAAAAAUACUACAAAAAAACAUUUCGAUAAAUCACCGGUACCUUGGUGGAACAGAGAAUGUUUCAGAGCAUCAAAAGAAAGAAAUAAAGCUAAAAACAGAUUCAUGU